UUUUUUUUUCUUCCUUUUUCUCUUUUAUCUUUUGUAUAAAGACAGAUUUCACCAAAUGAGUGCUUUAGACACAGCAGCAGACAGAGCUUCUGUUGAAGAAGUAGUUAUUCCAAGCGAACCGUAUCAUGACCAAGAGGAAGAGGACGAAGAGAGACCUACACAGUCAGAAGGAGAGGAAGAGGCGAGACCAAGCAGAAGUCGACUCCAGUCCCAAAACUCAUACGAGGCUAGCGUUGUUAGCACUCAAUCGUCGCCACCACCCUAUGAAUUAUAUCCUCCUGCUAAGACAGUAUUCGGUAGAAUGUUUAAUUGGUUACGCAAAAUUCCAAGAUUAAACACUCAUCAAGCUAUUUAUUUACCGACACUUCCCGUUCAUAACAAUAAUGGUAGUAGUGGUAGGUCAAUAUUUAGCAUUCGAAGAAGAAACAGAAGAGACGAAGAAAACACUGGAUUGUCUACAACUAGUAGUCAUCAUAGUAGUGUUGACUCUUCUAGUUCUGUGUCUUGCUGGUCAUAUUAUUAUUAUACAAUUACAGAUCGUUUACCCAAAUGUCCUCGCAUCCUUCUUCCUUCAUUUUUAGCUCAACAUAGACUUGUAUUAAUUUUGGUUUCCUUCUUUUCCUUGGCUUUGUUCUCUUUCCUCUUGUUCUGUUCCAUCUUUUUCUCUCCUGCUGAUUAUCCCAGUCCUAUCUUUCCUGAUAAGGUCACAAACUCAUCUGCUAGAUUCUUGACCUUGAACAUCUUUAUGAGACCUCCGCUUAUCAAAAACAAUUGGUCAGACUAUAAAGAUGAUCGUUUAGCCUAUAUCGAAAAAUAUAUCUUGCCUGAAUAUGAUGUAAUUACAUUUCAAGAAUCAUUUGCUUUUGCUACCAGAAGAAAGGAUCAUCUUAUCACCACUGCUCGCAACUUGGGCUAUAACUAUCAUUUGGAAUCCCCUAGAAAAUAUCCUUGGCAGCUUGGUGUUGACGGCGGCCUUUUGUUAAUUUCUCGUUUCCCUAUUCGUGAAUCUCAUAUCAUCGAAUACCCAAGAGGACAACACAGCGAUUGGCUCUCAAUUAAGGGCGCUUUACAUGCAUUGAUAGAACUGAACCCGGAAAGAAAAUUACACAUUUAUACAACCCACACACAAGCAUCGUAUGAUACAAAUAAUGUAAUCAAUGAAGAAGAUACCAUGAUCCGACUCUCGCAAUUUUCCCUUUUACACAAUUUUGUGUAUGAUACCACACGUAACGAUGAUGAGCCAAUUAUGGUGGUUGGUGAUUUAAAUGUGGAUGCAGCAGUUCAUAAUGAAACGAUACCCAUUACACAACCUUCAAAAAGUAGUUCUCCCGAAUAUGAGCAAAUGGUAGAAGUGAUUAAAGGCACAGGGGUGAAACGGAUAUCUUCAAACCAACGCUGGUUCGAACAUCACUGGAAAAUGGAAGAUUUGAAAGACGUUGUGCAUGAUCAUUACACAUAUCACCCAGUCACAUUUGGUGACUACACUCGCAAUGAACAUGGCGAUCUAAUUCCUGCAGAAACUGUUUUGACAAAUUGGGAUCAAUUAAUGACUGUUCAGAGUAUCGACCGUAUAUUCUGGUCCGAUCGUAAUUCCAAUCGUACUCGUCUUGAAAGGCCGCAGGUCGAAAAGUUUUGGGUUAAGGACAACACAUUAAUGACUGAGGAAGAACGUCAAAAUACAGAAUUUACACAGAUCUCCGAUCAUUAUGGAAUAAGCUGUGAAAUUAUCGUAUAGACUCUUCUUUUUUUUUUGUAUAGACAUUAAACUUCUCUUUUUUCAUGACAAUCCUCUAAUGUUUAACUAUGAAGUAAUUUAUCUUUCAGCAUUCCAUUUUACAGCUUGCACUUUUAGUAAUCCCAGAAGGCCAUCAUAUAGUAUAUCCCCUUAAAAAAAGUAAUCAAUUAUAAAAACUUAAAAAUGUUCAAACUAUAAAUUUCGGACAAAUUAAAUGAUUUAGACG